CUCAAGGCUGUAUAGGCAGGAGCUAGCUCGACACGCCGCGCCGCCGCCAACGCCACGGCGAGGUCUCCCGCCGUGAGGAUUGUGAAGGUAGCUAGUCUGUGCGGCCUGCGCGGACACUCCCGCGUGGCGGAGGCGGCCGGCAUUUGGGCUGAUUUGGCGAGCUGGGGGAGCCAGCGGUUGAGAGAUCUGGCGGAGGAGGAGGACGGGGUGUCGAGAUGGUGAGCGUGGCCUCUUGCCGCGGGGGAGGCCCCGCGCGCCACGCUCCGAGGGGCGGCGCGGCGCCCGGCAGCCCGCGGGUCUCGGCUGCUGCGGCGGCGGUGGCGGCGUGGGCGUCGGCGCAGCGAAGGAGGUGGUGGUGGGCGGCGCCGCCGCACUCGGGCACGUCGCUGGAGCGCGUGGGGCUCGCGUUCUUCACGGUCUCCGUGGCGCUCGUGAUCUCCUGCGCGCUGUACCUCUACGUGUUCCGGUACCUCGGCCCGGGGCGCGUGGUGGCCGGCUUCGUCGGCGAUGACCUCGGGGAGCCGUGCGACGUGUUCGACGGCUCCUGGGUGCGCGACGCCGGCUACCCGCUGUACAACAGCUCGCUGUGCCCGUUCGCGGAGAGGGGGUUCAACUGCCUGGCCAACGGGCGGCAGGACACCGGGUACCUGAAGUGGCGGUGGAAGCCCCGGCGGUGCGACGUGCCGAGGUUCACCGCCCGUGCCGCGCUGGAACGGCUGCGGGGGAAGCGGGUCGUGUUCGUGGGGGACUCCAUGAGCCGCACGCAGUGGGAGUCCUUCAUCUGCAUGCUCAUGGCGGGCGUGGACGAUCCCAAGACGGUGUACGAGGUGAACGGCAACCAGAUCAGCAAGACGAUACGGUUCUUGGCGGUGAGGUUCGCGUCGUUCGACCUGACCGUGGAGUUCUUCCGGUCGGUGUUCCUUGUCCAGCAGCGCCCGCCGCCGAGGCACGCCCCGAAGAGGGUCAAGUCGACCCUGCGGCUGGACAGGUUGGACAAUAUGAGCCGGAAAUGGGUGAAUUCGGAUGUGUUGAUUUUCAACACCGGCCACUGGUGGACUCCAACCAAAUUGUUUGAGAUGGGUUGUUAUUUUCAGUCUGGACGAGCACUUAAACUAGGCACAUCUGUCGAUGCUGCUUUCAAGAUGGCAUUGGAGACAUGGGCAUCAUGGGUGGAAAAGCGAGUUGAUUUAAACAGAACUCAUGUUUUCUUCCGAACAUAUGAGCCAUCCCACUGGAGUGAUACAAGUCAAAAGGUAUGUGAAGUAACAGAACAGCCUUCAUCAGAGGCCAAAGGAAAUGAUAAGAGUGAAUUUGGGACUAUACUUGCUGAUGUUGUGGCAAACAUGAAAAGUCCUGUUACUCUACUAAACAUAACUUUAAUGGGGGCAUUCCGAACUGAUGCUCAUGUUGGCACCUGGAGUUAUCCUCCCACUGUGCUUGAUUGCAGCCACUGGUGUCUCCCUGGAGUUCCCGAUGCUUGGAAUGAACUUGUAUUUUCAUACCUUUUAACAAAUGGUUGGCAAAAGAUAGCCCGGUGACCGCUGACUCUUGACAGUAUACUCAAUAUUUUUUUUUUCAGUUUGAGUAUUUCGAACUUCAGUUUUGACUGCUAAAGAACAAGAAAACAUGAAACAGCUACUUUUGAUAGGUUCACUGUACUACAUUUUUUUUACCCCUCAUGUACAAGGUGAUGCAUAUACUGGGCUGUAGAUUUUGGAUGGUUUCAUUUGUACGUAGUGGCAAUUCAUUAUCUAAUACGCUUUCGAGUGCUAUUUCAAGUUUCAACCUCUUUAUGUACUAACAGUUCACUUCAUACGUUGUCGUAAUUGGGAGAAUUUGUGUUCUUUUUUCUACGACUCCUGAUUCCUGAAGCUUGCAAAGCUGGUACUAAUUGCAAUUGCCUUACGUUGUUCAUGCACGCAUUUCAAUCAUGAACACAGAACACAUACAAUACGACAAAACUGAGAGUUAUAACUUAAGAGCUCA